AUGAAUAGGUUCGAACAUUUUCUACGUGAAUUAUUCUCGUCUCAAUGUCAAUUAAAUUCUCUUCGACUUGAUAUUGGUAGUUAUGACAUUGGUUAUGAUAUUGAUCAUUGUAAAAAACUAUUCUUUCAUUCUUUUCAAAAUUCAAUUUCGAAUGAACUUCAAUCUUAUUGUGCAACUCUAUCUCGUUUACAUAUUCACAUAAGAUACACAUAUUUUCUUGAACAUCUUAUUGAACAUAUACCUAAUCUCGAACAAUUGUCAAUCAAAUUUAACCGAACAUUAAAUGUUCAACCGCGUUCUGUAUCAUUUAUUGAAAAACUGACUCAAUCAAAUGGAAAUUGGUUUAACAAAGUACCAAAGCUACGAUACUUUACUUUAAAAACUUUCAUUCUAAAUGAUUUGGAAUUUAUCUAUUUGAAAUGGCUUCUCAACAAUUUAAAUCAUGUUCAAACACUGAAACUUCGUCUGGCAAAUGAAAAACCAUAUCGAACAGAUCAAAUGAUAUGGAGAUCACUUAUUGAUGCAAGUUUUGUUCGACAAUAUUGUUUACCUGAUAUUACAGCUAAUAUAAUAGAUUUUGAUUUUUAUAUUUCUUCUCAUUGUCUAUUACUACCAAUCAAUGUUGAAAAAGUAAUUAAUUCAUUUAAAUUUCAUCCUCUUUUUAUUAAUCGUCAAUGGACAAAUGUAAAAUGUCUUUAUGAUCCAAUAACAUCAUAUCAAUACUUAUUUUCUACAAAUAUUAAUAGUACACUUCAAUUCCUUCAUGGUUUAGUUAAUCAUCCGUAUCUUUUUGAAUGGCCAAAUAUUCGACAUAUUUGGAUUGAUUUUCAUCCAUCACUUUAUAUAUUUCUUGAACAACUUGAUAGAAUAUUUCCCAAUGUCUCUUCUAUUACAGUUUAUAUGGAACAUUAUAGAAGUUGUGACAAAUCAGACCUUCAGUUAUCAUUGACAAAGCCGUUCAAAACAGGACUGCAUAAGGUGACCGAUAUUCAAUUUCGAAAUAUUACAAAACUUAAAUUUGGCCACUCCUUUACUCGUCGGAACUAUGCUUGUGAUAAAUCAAUCGAUCGAAAUAAAGCGCGUGCGAAAGUGCUUGCUCAUCUCAUUUCAAUGCCUGUCCAACUCGAAUAUCUUCUAAUUGAAAAAUUUCAAUGGGUUUUGCAUGUUAUUGAAUAUGCAUUUAAUGAAUUAAAAGAAAAUGCAUUAAGUACUGUUCGAUAUUUUGAAUGUGAUAUUCCUAGUUGUCAUCGUAGUUCAAAUGAAUCAAUUUAUAUUGGUAAACAACUUGUACCUUUUCUUACGAUUUAUAUGCCUCAUUUACACACAUUACGUCUUUGGCGACCAGAUGAUUUUCCUUGGACAACUGGUAAGUUUAUUUGA